AUGAGCCAUCGCAGCAGUGACCCUGGCAGCUCAGCCGCAGACUCUGUGCUGCUGCCCAUCCAGCAGAAGUCCCACGGGGAGAAGGAUGAGACAGGCCAGCCUAAAAAUGUUAAUGAACACACUAAAGAUGAGCCUCAGCAGGUAGGGAAACCCACUGGUUCAUCCUCAGCACCACGGACCUCAGAGAAGAAGGAAGAGGCUAACAAUGUGAAUAAGGUUGAAAUGAAGAGAGUAGAUGAUGCUAAUAAGAGACCCAGAGAAAUAUGACCCUACCAAAAUAAGCUCCCCACUAGUAAUCUGGCAGUCGUAAAGAUCCAGGCCUGGUGGCGGGGCGCCCUGGUGCGCCGGACGCUGCUGCACGCCACCCUCGGAGCUUUAGUCAUUCAGCGCUGGUGGAAGCAGAUCCUGAUGAAGUUGCAGGAGAAGAGGCGGCGGGCGGCGCUGGAGACCUUCACACGGGAGGAGUGGGCGGCGGUCCGGCUGCAGUCCUGGGUCCGCAUGUGGCGCAUCCGCCUGCGCUACUGCCGUUUGCUCCACGCCGUCCGCAUCAUCCAGGCCUUCUGGCGGUGCCACUCCUGUGCUUCCCGGGGUUUCAUUAAGGGCCAUUACCGAGUCACGGCCAGCCAGCUGUAUCUCGAGAUAGAGAUCCUGCUGGCCUCGGGGCCUUGCAUUGUAACGGAGUGUAUUCCCCUCCCAAUAAAGCAGUGA